AUGCCCUGCCAUCGCUCCUGCAAGCAAUUUGUCCCUCGCUCUACUCCUCCUACCUACGAUGAAGCUCUUCACCAGAAUUCCUCUCUCCACCUUUCAGUCGGCACGUAUGCCGCGCGCUACCAGCCAUAUUCUCUUUCUUACAGGUUUGAAGGAGAGUACACAGAUAUACCUGUCCCACAAACGCCUGCAAUCGUUCCCCAGACUGACCGAUUCAUCGUUCCUCCUCACUUUGAUCUCGAUGACUACCUUGCAUAUGACAGUGAAGAAGUGGAUGAGGAUGAGGACGCCCGGGACAGUGAUGAUGAGGACGACGACGACGUUGAGGAGAACGGGGGGGCAUCACUAUCAUUAUGA